GUGGAACAAUCAUCUGAAUUAGUGAGCCGGUCGACUCGACUUGCUCAAAUGUUAGCUAGCAUACUUUAAUAUAUUUCACUGAAGUUAUGCAUGAAUUUGAGGGGCGUGCGUGUACGAUAUAGUUUUGUAUUUUUAAAAAGCGAAUCCGGUCCUAAUGGGGAUUGUAACGCGAGUCAGCGUUCCCGUGGGCUGGUCCCGUACGAAAAAUAACUACAGCGACAUUUGAAAGUGGAUAUUACAGUAAGCGUUACAACAAACAAGACAUGAUGGACAUUUCAGAAUUCAACGCAACCGCAAAACCACCGACCGGCAGGAGGAUGAAGGGCCGUGCCCCCCCUCCACCCCACGCCCCCCAGCCCGCCCCGCGGAGGAUCUUCAGCGCCAGAAACGCAGUGCCCGAUGGAGGACUGGGCGGCGACGACACCAAGGAGAACGUGUUCCGGCCGUCUGUGGACCUGCUCAUCACCCUGCCCGAGGGCCACCAGACCUCAGGCUCUGUAGACGGCCGUAAAGCGCUCCUGGACCUGCUGGUGGACCUAUGCAGCCAGCACCACCUCAGCCCAGCGCACCACACCCUGGAGCUGCUGUCUGCCAACGGCCAGCCGCUCGCCUUCAAGCCCAACACCCUGCUUGGGGCGCUAGACGUGCACCACGUCCACAUUCGGGAGAAGGUGGCAGAGGAGAAAGUGGUCCGGAGGCCCCCACCAAAAGUGCCAGAGCAGCAGGAAACGCCUGUCACACAGGACAGAAUCCGGGGGAAGAAGUCGGUGCGUCUGGUGGUGAACUUCCACGGGACCCAGAAGGCCGUGCUGCGGGUGAACCCCCUGGUUCCGCUGGGCAGCCUGGUGCCUGUGAUCUGUGACAAGUGUGAGUUUGAGCCCAGCCACGUCCUACUGCUGCAGGACAACGUCAGCAACCGCGAGCUGGACCUGAACCAGUCCCUGAGCGAACUGGGCAUCAAGGAGCUCUACGUGCUGGACCAGAGUCUGGUUCUUCAACCUAAAAUGGCUUCCGCACCUGUUCUUAAUUACUCAGAAUCGAUAGACUCCAACACCUUAAGUAUUGGCAGAGCCCAGAAGAGAGGCCUUCUGGGAUUCUUCAAGUUCAACAGGAGGAAAACAAAGACUGACGAACACACAUCUGUGGACAUGGAUACUAAUGAUGAUAAAAAUGUUGAAAGCUCAGAGAGCAACUGCAAUGGUGUCCCUGCUGCCCCCUCCAGGCUGUUUGUGGAAGCUCGGCCCAGCACGCUGGGACAGUCCCAGUCUGUCAUGAACAUCCCCAGGAUGUCUCCCAAAGUGGAAGUGAAGAAGCGGCAGGCUCCCCCGCCUCCCCAGGCCCUGCUGGCUCCAGCCUCAUUGGAUGGUUUCCAGAUGAGCUCCAGCUCCGCCCAGCAGAAGAAGAGGAAGGCUCCAGCCCCGCCCCCGACCCCAGACCCGAGCCUCCCGGCGGAGGACACGGCGUCGGAGAUGAGUCACAGCACGGAGGACUCGGAGCCUGUUGGCUCCAUCUGCAGCAGCAGCAGCAGCUGUAUGGAGGUCACAGAACCCUCCCCCAGCACCACCCCCGAGGGAGAAUCCUCUCCCAGCACCACCCCCGAGGGAGAACCCGCCCCCAGCACCACCCCCGAGGGAGAACCUGCCCCCAGCACCACCCCCGAGGGAGAACCUGCCCCCAGCACCACCCCCGAGGGAGAACCCACCCCCAGCACCACCCCUGAAGCUGCCCCUGCCCCUAGCACCACCCCCAAGGGGGAACCAGCCUGUUUUACCGCACCCAAGACAGAACCCGCCCACAACACUACGCCUAAAGCAGAGCCCGCCUGCAGCACCACACGCAAGGCCGAACCCAGCGCACCUGCCCCGGAGGAGACCGAGUCCGCUCUCAACCUCAAACUGGAGGAGAUGGAGAACAACCGGCACAGCACCAUGGGUGCUGGGCGUCAAGUGCCACUCAAACCUCGGCGAGCUCCGCCCCGGGACCCGCCCCAGUUAGAGAUCCCCCCUCCUCCGCCAUACCCCCCCCCUCCCACAGACCAGGAUUCCCAUCAUGCUCAGUUGGAGGCAGCCCAAUCCUGGCUGCAUUCUCUGCAGGGGUGUAUGUCGCAGCCGGCCGCAGGAGUGGAGCUGGAGGUGGAAUCUGAAACCGUGUCCAUGGACAGCAGCAGCAGCUGCCCUGACCAGGGCUACGCAGCCUCCGAGGGCAUGGCGGAGGACUCCGGCGUCAUCAGCUCCCCGUCUGACCUGGCCCAGCCGGCUUCUCCUGACGGCAGCAUCUCCCUGGAGCAGGGUUCCAGCCACGCCCAGGCCAUGCCCAAGGACAGCUCCAGCGACAGUGACGAAGGCUGUGCCACCUGGGGUUCCCGGCACAAACACAGCAGCGAUAUUUACCACAAAAGCUUGUCGGGCAGAACAGAGGAUAGCUGUGAAGACCCAGAACUCACUGCUCAACUUCACCAGACUCUGGCUGACCUUGAAGCUGACUUGGAAGGUGCAGAUAUUGACCGCACAACGAGCGUGUCAGUCAGUGAGCUCUGUGCGCCUUCCAUGGACAGGUCCCCCCUCAAUGACAUCCCUGUGUCCGUUGUGGAUUGUGAGGUUCCCGUGACAACAAUAGACGAAGUGCUUGAGGACUACAGGAACAGCAUGACCGAAUAUGAAGCAGCACUGCUGCAAAGCACGCAAGUCUCAAACGGCGAAAAUCAGAACUGCUCUUAUCAGCCCAAUGGCCAUAGUGAAAACAGGAACAACAAUGCCUGCACGUUUGACAGGCAGGGCAGAGCCAGCAAGGCCCCUUCCCAUGAGGUGCAGGGCGUCUCUUUGCCUGAGAAAGGUCUGAACUGCAGCCGGGAGCAGAAGGACAGGAGCUCUGUGAGCCAGGCUACUGACACCCAGUCAAAGCCCCAGAGAGGAAGCAGUCUCCAAGAGAAGGUCUGUCCUGCGGAUACACAAACGCCAUUCCAGAACAUUCCCGGCAGCCUGGGGCUGACUCCAAAGGAGCCUGCAGAGAGCUCUGGAGAAAAUGAGGCUGCAGCCUCAAUCCAAACAGCCCAGAGUAAAAUCACACAGAGCACCACCUCUCGAUUCGGCAUGAAGACCUUCACUGUCGUUCCACCCAAACCUGCCCUGGUCCAAAAGCCAGCAGGCUCCCUGGUCAUGGGUGCCAUUAGAAUUGAUGCACAAGGUAACAUGGUGAAUAAUUACAGUUCCCAAAACCAGUAUCGCAAAACACUGGAGUCUGGGAGUGACUCCGAGCUGCCGCUGCUGGGGAAAGCCAAGGCCUUCUGGAGCUCCACAGAGAAGCAGGAAUCGGCCACCUCCAGCAGGGGGCAUGCUCCCAAAAACCGAGAACCUGAAAUCAUAAAAGCACCUCCGACUGGUGGGAAAGGGAGGGAAAGACCUGAAGUAACUUUGGGGGAUGUUGUGGAGGCAGCUGUCGACCAGCUAGCCAAGAAAGAACCUUCCAGUCAAGAGUCCACACAGCAGCCUAUGAAGCCCACUGAACUGGACCAGAGGAGGGACCUGUCCUUUCUGAAGCCCUCCAGGAGGACGUCCAGUCAGUAUGUGGCCUCUGCCAUUGCUAAAUACACUGGGAAGCCGGCUUGGAAAGCUGAGAGCAUUCAGGAAACUAACAACACUACCGGAUUCUCUGUGUCCGAACAAAAGCCUGCUGGCAAUCAAGCCUUUUCACAUGGAGCAGAAACACGCGGCACGUACACUCGCACGUCUUCAGAGAUCUUCCAAACAAAACAGACCAAGUCCACCAUGUUGGUGAAUCCUAAACGCUCCCUGAGCUUCCCAGACUACUCUUCAGUGAAACCAGAGAGUGCUGCUGAGCCGAAACAGGACUCCACAAACGCCAGCUCCCAAGACACAAAUCCAACCAGCAGAGUAUCCCAGUCCAGCAACACUUUACCCCAAAAGGUAUCCCAGUCCAGCAACACUGUACCCCCAAAGCGACUUGGUGCAUCUGCGCAGAUACCAGCAUCCCCCACUCGACCAGAUGCAUCCCUCACCAGACCCCCCAGACCGCUCCAUAACUUGUGUCCUCCACAAAGAGGCAGAGACGGGGUGCGUCCAGAUCUUGCGAAGAAACCGGGCCCUUUGCCAGCCACCUGCGGACCGCCAGAACCGGAAGUGGUUGGGCCAUUCGGGCCGGUGAAGAAGUUUAAACCCGUGGUUCUGAAGUCGGCUCAGAAGGAGACGUCUCUGCACAGCUCCCUGAUGGAGCAAAUCCAGAUGGGCGAGGGGAAGGAGAGGCUGAAAAGGAUAGUUGACACUACAAGAGAGAGCACUUUGAAAAAACCAUCCUUUGUUGAACCUGAAAAUGAACACUCAGCACUUUUAUCAGCAAUCCGAGCUCAAAACAACACCUCAAGACUCAGGAAGGUCCAGUCUGAAGCAGCCUCUGAGCUGGAGAAGUACAGGAAGACCCAGCUGAAAACCAGCUCAGAGAGCGGGGAUACAUCCCCUCCUCCUCUCCUAGCCCCUCCUCUUCCUCCUCCUGCUUUCUCUCCCCCUCCUCCUCCUCUCUUUGCCCCUCCUCCUCCACCUCCUCCCUCUGCUCCCCCCCCUCCCCCUCCCUCUGCUCCUCCCCCUCCUCCUCCCGCUCUCUCUUCUCGGCCCGAGCCUGGCCUUGCCCUGAGAAGCUCAGUGAACCCCGAGCAGGCCCGUGAAGCCAUGCUGGAGGCCAUUCGGUCCGGAUCAGGUGCCCAGCGUCUGAAGAAGGUCCCUAUUCCCACUAAAACAGUGAUGGUCAAUGGGAGACUUGGUAUAAUACAGACCGCUGCUCCUGCCCCACAGGAGCACUAAAGAUUGUUCUGGAGUUUCAUCUGCAGCCACCAGCCCAGCCAUCCAAGAGGAGCUCUACACGCCAAAUGAAGCAAUGAAUAACCUUUUUGUAUUCUUGUGUAUGUGUCCUUGAGUAUAUCUUCUCUUCUGGUCAUAGAAAUGCUGUGCAGCGCAUGUGCCAAUGAUUGUGCAUAUAUGAUUGCGCAAAAAACAUAUUUUUUUCUUUUCUGGUUUAGAAUUGAUGUUGAUUUUGUGCAAGGUGUUUCCUGCUCAAGGGAUAUUCACAUCUACAGUUUUAUGAUUGCAACUCCAAAGAUGGGUUGAUAAUCUGCCUGCCAAUCACAGCAUCAUGACACUACAAGUCUAAUGGGCCCAAACAUACAGUGCUGUUAUACUUUAGUCUUUAGAUUUUCUGAAGCAGAUGAAAGAAUGCCUUUUAAACUGGCUAAUACUGGGAAUGAGAGAAAUGGUUGGAGAGCUAGUGCUGAAAUCCGUUUCUUUAGAAAAGGUGUCAGACUUAUGUGUGAUCUUGUACAAUAUAUUACCUAAUCUCUAAAAGUCCAGCAACGAAUUGGUAGUUGGGUACGGCAAAAGUUUUUCUGGCGCUAUUUUUGUUAAGCAUUUCUUUUAAGGGGGAAUGGAGAAAAUCUGCACGUUUCACAUUACUUGCUCUAUUUGAUGGAAGUUAAAUGUUUUACUAUUUAUGUGAAACAUUUGCUCCAAUUUAGAGAUUUUUUUUUGUUGUACAUUUGACUUAAGUAUUGAAUCAAUUUUGUCUAUUUAUGUAAACUAUUACUUUGCCUGGUUGUAGGCAGGGUGGUGUAGUUUGCCUAUUGCAGUAUUACUGGUAGGUGAGUUCUUACUAAUGCAUUUACUCAUGCCAUUAUUUGAGUAUUGAAAUAAUGUGUCUGAAAUUGAAGUGAUGAAUGGAUAUGAAGAAGUGUAACUAUAGAUUGACUAUAGAAGUGUUUGAGUUAGAAUCGGCACAUUAAUAAAACUUGUAAAAACGGAAGGCUAUAUGACAGGCCAGAUUGGCCUUAGAGGGGUCUUUCAUAAGAGAACAUUAAUUGUGGGGUUCUUCAAGGCUAGGUUUCAUUAGAAUUUAAUGUCAAGAUGGAUGGCUUGUUUUGGCCCCGUUUUUUUCAUCUUUCUUUCUUCCUGUUUACCAUGUUUACCUGCAUAAAAAGCUAUUUCUUGUCCGAGGUAAUUGGCCACAAAUAUAUGGCCAUGAAGCUAAUUUUUGAUACAUCAAAAACUACAUCAAAGACUCAAUCCUGAGUUGCCAACAUUGACCUCUAGCACAGUAAUGGUGCAGAUCACCUGUUGGAUCACAGAGUGAAAAGAAGCACUGGCUGUCUGCACAGGAGUUGGUGGAUGUCGAAUUGAUAUUGCACACUGAAUGAACCUGGGAAAAAACAUGACUCAUGCUUUGGCAUGUUAUUAGGCAUGAAUUACUAAAUGCUUGUUGUGAAUCUUGGCCCUGGGUUGCCCCUGGUAGGCCCAGUAUGACCAGAUUUCAUGAUUGGGCUUAGAGUACAGUUGUUGCAUUUAUUGUGCUGCUUUCAUCAUCUCAAUAUAAUUAUCUUAGGCAUAAGCUCAAACUUUUAUGUUAUUACAUGUUCUCAGCUAAAUUAUUAUUCUGCAUAAGUACACAUCGGUAACUUUUUACAGCUUCUACUAAUUCUGCUCACAUUUGAAACUUUCAGAAAGCACUACGAGAAUUCACUCAUUCAGCUAUACUAAUGCUUGCCACACAUCUGUCUGUAUAUGCACUGUUGAAUAUAGCCUUGAUAAAAAUCCCCAGCCAUUCUGCUUGGACACUUUAUGUUUGCAUAUAGCCUAAAAAAAUGUUCAUUGAUUAUACCAGAAUGUGGUGAUAUAUCCUGAGAUUAUGUAUAUUUUGUAAAAGAAUAAUAUAUUGCUUUCAGUUAUAUGACAUGUACAUGUAGGGUCUUGAAGAUGUAACAGAAUAGUGUUAAAUCAAUUGAAGGGCUAAAUUUUGUUUUAUAAAUCAUACGGGGCAUUGCUUUUUGUUAGGUACUGAAUGGACGUGGAAGAAUUACACUUUCUAAUUAUGAAAUCAAUAAAUCCUUUUUGUAAUCGCAAAA